AUGACCGACAGCGUGAAACAAACUGUUAUGAGGAAGCCCACCUGGUGGCGUCGCCGCACCGCCACGGAGCGCGGGUUGACGCUGCUGGCGACGGUGGCGCUCCUGGCGGCCGUCGCGCUCGCCGUCUCGCUGGGCGCGCUCCUCGCCAGGUGGCAGCACCAGUCAGAGACACUGAUGCCAGUGGCGAUGGAGUCCAGAGGGAACGUGUCUGCAGCAGACACACAGGGGCCAGAAUCGCAGUCCGGCACUCAGAGCCUGCAGGACCUCUGCCUCACGCCGGGAUGUGUCCACGCAGCGUCCGAGGUGCUCGAUUAUCUGGACCCCUCAGUGGACCCCUGCGAGGACUUCUACCAGUACGCGUGCGGCAACUACCUGCUCACCACCGAAAUCCCAGAUGAUAAAUCUUCGGUGAGCACCUUCUCGGCUAUUGAGGACCAGCUCCACGAGAAGCUGCGCACUGCCGUAGAAGAGGAGGAGCCUGGAGCAGCCGUUCCCAGGAGCUUACAGCUGGUUCACGAGCUCUACAGCGCCUGCAUGAACAAGACGCUGAUCGAGUCCCGCGGCCUGGCGCCGCUCCAGAGGGUCCUGAAGGAGGACCUGGGCGGCUGGCCCGUCGUGGAGGGCGACUCGUGGGACGAGGCGGGCUUCGACUGGCUGCGCAGCAUCUACCGCUUCCACAGGGCUGGCCACAGCACCGACUACUUCCUCAAAUUCUCCGUGGGCACAGACUACAGAAACUCCACACGCCGCACCAUCAUUCUGGACCAGGCAUCACUGGGGCUGAGCCGUGAAUUUCUGGUGAAGGGUCCCUCGGAUAAACUCGUGGAUGCCUACUACCAGUACCAGGUGGACCUGGCAGUUCUUCUGGGUGCCGACAGGACUCGGGCUGAGCACGAGCUCAGACAGUCCCUCGAGUUUGAGACAGCUCUGGCCAAUAUCUCGCUGCCACAAGAGGCGCGACGCAACGUGACGCAGCUGUACAACCCGCGCACUGUAGAGCAGCUGCAGACCGACUACCCGUCGGUACCGUGGCUGGAGUACCUCGGGACACUGCUACCCCCGCACGUGGCCGUCACCAGCGACGAGGUGGUCAUCGUGUCGGCACCGUCCUACCUAAAGAGCCUCCAGGUCCUGCUCGGCCACACCCCCAAGAGGGUGAUGGCCAACUACGCGAUGUGGCGGGCGGCACAGGCCUCGGUCCCCUACACGACGGAGGAGCUGCGCAGCCGCCAGCUCCAGUACGAGUCCACCGUGUCUGGAAAGACGGAGCGGGAGCCCCGCUGGAAGGAAUGCAUCGACGUCGUCGCCGAUCGCCUGUAUCUGUCUGUGGGCUCCAUAUUCGUGCGAAAGUACUUCAACAAGGACGCCAAGAAGGUGGCACUCGAGAUGGUGGACGACAUCCGCCAGGAGUUCUUGCACAUCCUGCAGCAGCUGGACUGGAUGGAUGAGGGAACCAGGAAGAAGGCGCUCGAGAAAGUGGAGUCCGUGGUCGCCCACGCCGCGUACCCUGAGGAGCUGCUGGACGACACCAAGCUCGACAAGUUCUACGAGAAGCUAGAUGUCAGCCCAUCCCUGUACUUGGAGAGCAUGCUCAACGUGACCAAGUUCCAGACCAACUACUCCUUCAGCCAAUUGCGGCAGCCUGUCAACAAGACCGAGUGGAUCAACCACGGCUAUGCGGCCUUGGUCAAUGCCUACUACAACCCCUUCGAGAACUCUAUAGGGAUCCCAGCAGGUAUCCUACAGGCUGUGUUCUUCAACGCCGACCGUCCCAAGUACAUGAACUACGGCGGCAUCGGCUCCACCAUCGGCCACGAGAUCACACACGGCUUUGACGAUGAGGGCCGUCAGUUUGACAAGGACGGGAACCUUGUGGACUGGUGGGAUCCUGUGACCCGUGACAAGUACCUGAAGAAGGCAGAGUGCAUCAUCUGGCAGUAUGGAAACUUCACCGACGAACAGACGGGCAUGCACCUGAAUGGGAUCAACACGCAGGGUGAGAACAUCGCAGACAACGGCGGCAUCAAGGAGGCGUACGGCGCCUACCUCGCCCUGGAGCGCCGCACCGGCCAAUCAGAGCCGAGGCUGCCAGCGCUGGCCGGCCUCUCCCCGCGGCAGAUGUUCUGGGUGUCCGCCGCGCAGACCUGGUGCAAGAAGUACCGCACCGAGAAGCUGCGGCAAGAAAUUAUGACCGGAGUGCACUCCCCCGACCGCUUCCGUGUGUUGGGCCCGUUCGCCAACCGUCCAGAGUUUGCUGAGGACUUCAGGUGUCCGCUCGGCUCCGGCAUGAAUCCUGAGAAGAAGUGCCAGGUGUGGUAGAGAGCACUGGUGGGGACGCCGAACUGCCAGGGGCAGAUGGCUGACUGACGGGUGUGGCUGCAGGCUGUGACAACAGAAGUGAACCUGUGUGCAGUCAGCCGCUGACCGACACUCCAGCUGUGGAGCUCUGUUUGUUUGCAAUCCUCACUGACUGGGCUCUGACAUCUUAACUGGAAGGCCACAGCCUCGAAAGAGACUGGCAGGCACAUCUGCAAAGCACCCAGAGAAGACAGUCUAGGUGUCGCAGUUUCAGCACAUCAUCAGCCAAAGUUGCCAACUCUGUGUGUGUGUGUGUGUGUGUGUGUGUGUGUGUGUGUGUGUGUGAGAGAGAGAGAGAGAGAGAGAGAGAGACAGUAUGCAUUUGCACCCUAAUAACCUGCUCCUCUUUAGGGUGGAUAAAUAAAUCUUGAUGCAGAAGCAAUUAGCUUCAUCUUAAAUUUUAAUCAACAACUUUAGAUACGGUUUUCUUUCUUAAAAAUAUUGCGUAUUCAUUUCAGUUGGAUAAUGUCACAUGGAAGAAAAGUCAUCCAUAACAACUGGUAAAAGUAAGAGGAAAGAGAAAAUUUAUUGGAUAAAACCCAGGGAAGCUAUCAUUUUAGCAAUUUAAACUCUACAACGAGUGAAACAAAUUGUCUAGUUGGUUAAAAGUUAGGUUUACUACAAUACUAGGAUAUGACACAAGCAGAUGAGAAAAGAGCUAAUGAGAGUUUCGCUUAAUGAAGCUGUGACCAUUUGUGACUCUUCAAGGCGAAGUACAGAGCACAUGUCUGUGCUCCGUUUUUGCCCUAAUUAGCAUGUAGCUGGAACAAAACUGACUACAGCCUCCAUCUGAUAGUCACCAGAGAAGUGAUUGACAGCCUACAAACUGUUUCAUCCAAUAAGCAGAGCAAUCUAUUGAGUUAUUGUUGAAGAAGUGUAUGCCAUGAAGUUUACUAGAUGCUGGCCAAUAUCUGAUAAUAUAUAAUAAAAGCCUCAUGAUGACUGUCAUUAAAGUAGUCUGUCACUUAAAAUGAUGGAAGCAAUCAAUAACACAAAAGUAAUUAUUGCAUAACUGGUAUCAUCAUUUGCCAAAAUGCUGUAAAAGGUGAUAAAUGUUAGUUUCAAGACAGCAGUGGCAUGUCUGUCACACAACCAGUCAACCAG